AUGUCAAGGGUUUCACAGCUUACUCUCAUCUUCGGCGACAAACUACAAACCAUCAACACAAACUCAGAUGAUGUCGUGAAGAAACCAUUGGCUCCAUACCACCGUGAUCAGUUAGACAACAGAGAGGUUGCUUCUUGGUCAUCGUUCCAGAUGCCUCUUCACUACCCACGCUUCACCAAGGAAGACUACGAGGCUAUGUCGGAGGAAGAACUUGAUCGACUUCUCAAACUUUAUGGUCUAACUACAGAUCAUGGUGACUUGUCUUGCAAGAAACAGUUUGCUAUGGGUGCUUUCUUGUGGGAGAAGGAGGUAGAUUCAUCUCCGGAUAUGCAUGAAGUAAUAAACCCUAGUUCGUCCGUAGAGGAUUUGGGUGAGAGCUCUUUGAUGGGAUUGGUGACGGCUUUGAAAUAUAUGGUUCACUAUGUAUUUGGUGUUUAG